UAGAUACGAAAUUACUGUCGUUAACGUUUGUUGAACGUGCUCGUGUAGUGAAUAAAUACAAAGUUUGAUUCGUAGUUGUUUAAUUAUGGAAAUGAAUCGUUAUUUCAUCCGAACGUGUAGGGAAUAUUGUUUAUAAAACUUAAGGAAUAAUCGUAAAAGAAGUUCACAGUUUUAUUUAUAAAAUAUUAUAAAAAUAUCAUGAAAAGUAAUUAGUUAUAGAAAAAAUGAAACCGAGAAGUAGAUUGCGAGAUGUUUGAGAAAAGAAGUUUUUAAAUAAGAUGCGAAAUUCAUAGCUAGGACAUCCUUUAUUGCUCAGUUGAGCUAACAACUAAUGAUCGGAAAGUGUAUACGAGUGUAAUUGAGUUUAUAUACUCGAAUCGAACUUUGGUAAUGAACACUGGUGAAUCUCGUUCAUACAAGAUUAUUUUGUGUAGAAUAAUACAGUAAAUUAAACUUAUUCGGACAAAUUCAAACACGCGAGGAUAAACAUUGUGGGUUAGAUUAAUCUGCGAGUUGACAUUUUGCAAACUCUUUUGGGAGUUAGUUUGUGUGUUCAUAUGAUGAAAAGAAGAAGAAAAACUUUGUAUCAAGUUUCUGAUUCGACUUCAAGAAGUUCUAAAAAAGAUUCUAUUUGCGGUUAAUCAUAGAAGAAAGUAAAAAAACUUUAACGUUCCAGAACCAUUAGGAAGCUAACAUGUGGUCAGAUGAUAUCAAAGAAAAAAUGCACGCAAGGGGCACUACCAAUAUAUGUACUUCUUUUAAGAAGAAAACGUAGGCGUCGAGAUAAACAUUGAGUAGUUCAUCUUUCUUGAUCUAUAAAACUCGUUCAGCAUAUUUUGGUUUGUAUAACAGUUUGAAAACACAAUCUGCAUUUGUUAAGAAAACUGUUUUUAAAAAGAGGAGGAAAAAAUGGAUCGUUCAAAAGUGUUCCUUCUUAUGUGGUUCCUAUUUGUCUUACCACUUUUAACGGAUACCACGAAUAAAUCUGAUUUUUAUUCUUCAAUGAAUUUUAUGAAUGAAAGCAAUUGUACAAAUGACGCUUGUAUACCUGACGAAGAAUACCUUGACAUCAUGUACAACGAUAUAUUUCCAAACUUCACCGAUUGGGUCAUGAUAGCUCUGCACAGCAUCAUUUUCAUCACUGGACUCGUUGGUAACUUCCUCGUCUGUUUGGCUGUGUUUCGGAAUCAUUCGAUGAAAACUGUUACUAAUUACUUCAUCGUCAAUCUCGCUGUUGCUGAUCUUCUGGUUAUUCUCAUAUGUUUGCCGCCUAGUGUGCUUUGGGAUGUCACUGAGACUUGGUUUCUUGGAUGGGGACUUUGUAAGGCCAUACCGUAUCUUCAGACUGUCUCAGUGAGUGUUAGUGUUUUAACAUUAACCUGCAUAUCGAUAGACCGAUGGUAUGCCAUUUGUUACCCAUUGAAAUUCAGAUCUACUACAAAAUGGGCAAAAAUAGCUAUUGUUAUUAUCUGGACAGUAUCUUUCAUUUUCGAUAUACCAGAUAUAAUAGUUCUCCACACGGCGCCAUCCGGAAGUAAAGUCAAAACGAUACUUUACACUCAAUGCAAAUCAUCUUUAAGUCAUAAAGAUCAAACUUUGCUUUGGGCCAUAAAGUUAACUCUUUUCUACAUUGUACCAUUAAUUUUCAUGACAGUGGCUUAUCGGCAAAUAAUACGUGUUCUAUGGCGUAGCGAUAUUCCUGGACACAACCUUUCCCGUAGAACCUAUCAGAUGAGUGAGAUGCCUUCUAUCGGUGCUGGAAACCCGGAAGGUCAAUUGAGAUCUCGACGUAAAGCAGCUAAAAUGCUAAUAGCCAUAGUCGUCACAUUUGCCAUUUGCUACUUUCCAGUACAUUUGUUUUCAAUCCUAAAAUACACCAUGCUUUUACCGUCCGGCGAGUGGUCUAUUAAGGCGAGCUUGUUCAUUCAUUGGCUUUGUUACGUCAACAGUGCAGUGAACCCCUUGAUUUACAAUUUUAUGAGCGGUAAAUUCAGGAGACAAUUCAAACGAGCCGUUCCCUGUUUCAAGAAACGCAAAAAUCGUGCAAGAGCAACUCGAAUAGCAAAUAUUACGAGUUUUUUCGCUGCGAGAUCUCGCGCAACAAUUAAAUCUCUGCAAACCCCGACUAAUAGUAAUAAUAUUCAACGAAAUACCGAGAUCAUACCAUUGAGCGGAUUUGCGAUUAACGAACAACCGCCUACUAAUGGUAAAUUAGAAUAAAUUCUAAUUAAUUAUAAAUAAUAUGAUAUAACUAUAAUAUUCAUUGACACGAUAAAACAACUUGUAGAAGGAGUUGGUUAUUUAAUUCACAAUAUUCUUAAACGUGUGUGGGUUGAAAAAGUUAUAAGCUUAAAAAAGACAAAAUUAUUUUUGUCGGUCAAAUUCACUUUUAUUUUUAGAAAAAAUGAAAUAUUUCUUUUAUUAGAGCUUUAAAGUUUUCAACCGACUAUACCCCUGGUAUAUCAUAAAUUACCCUGUAUAAAUUAUUUUCUUUUUAAUUCAAAUGUGAUCUCAAAUGUGAAAUUCGAUGAAAUUUGGACGCUUUAUUUUACCAUGUCGUAUAUAUAUAUUGUAGAUUUAUAGCUUAGUUUAAUAUUAUUAUACACACGCACGAGAUAAUCAUUAUCAUUGUCAUCGUCGUAGUCUAUGUUGUCUAUCGUCUAUCGUCCUCAUCAUCAUCAUCAUCAUCAUCAUCAUCAUCAUCAUCAUCAUCAUCAUCAUCAUCAUCAUCAUAAUCAUU